AUGGAGCCACAUCCAAUUCUCCUCCUCCUCUUGGAAGUGACCGUUUGCGCGGCGGUAUUAGGCUUCACGAAUCCACAAUCUCCGCUUCGGCUGGGUGGCUUGCUCGUUGUUUUUCUAUGUAUGUGGCAAUGCAUCACGACAUCUCCCAUCUAUCUCGUACGCUCCGCCUGGGCCUCUCUGGCAGGCGGAUAUGCAGUGAUGCUCUUCUUCCAUUAUAUCGACAUUGUACUGCUGAGUCAAUGGUCCUUUGAGCCAAAUGUGUCAGCAACCGAACGUCCUCAAUAUGAACAUGAAGCUAUCAGACAUCACAAGUCCUCAGGAACGAAGAAACGUAGUUCUUGGAAAGAGAAGUUGAAAUUUGGCCUUUCAUCAACAUUUACAGCCCGGUUCUGUGGCACCACACACGAAGUCAGACAUGUACCUCGAUUUUCGAACAGUGACCCUGACCAUGUCCCAUCUCGGACCCAAUUCAUUCGGAAUACUGCCCUGACAGUCCUCCUUUGUUAUCUGAUACUCGAUGCAAUGGAUGCGGGCGCCGACCCUGCGAUGGUUCGCGAAUACUUCUCAGAGCAGAAUAUCCCGCUUUUCAGACGUUUUCGUGAUGUCUCUGGCAAUGAGCUUCUUAUGAGAGCCUCCGGAAGUAUUGGAGUUAUCCUCGGUCUGAUGUGUUCUCAAGGAGGCUUCUAUAACCUCUUCGCCUUGAUUGGCAAUGUACUCGGCUUAAGCGCUCCUAAAGAUUGGCCACCCUUCUAUGGAUCACCGCUGGAGGCCUACUCGUUGAGGCGUUUUUGGAGUCUUUUCUGGCAUCAAACAAACACCCACAAGUUCAAUUCCAUCUCCAACUUCAUCCUGCGCAAUGUCUUUAAUAUCCAAUCGCGCCGGGGAUUAAUCCCAAAGUACGCCAGGGUAGUAACCAUAUUCUCCCUUUCUGCAGUCAUGCAUUUCCUCAUCGACAUCUCGGCCGGCGUCCCAGUCCACAAGUCUGGAGCGAUCCCUUUUUUCUGCACCCAGGCCUUCGGCAUCGUGAUAGAGGAUAGGGCCAUAAAGCUGUACAGCUUCAUCACAGCAUACACCAACGUGAGACUGCCCGUAUUGGUGGAAAGGGUACUAGGCUUUACCUGGGUUGGACUCUUUCUGGUAUGGUCUAUCCCGAUGUAUGUGUAUCCGAUGAUGUAUCGCACAGCGGCGGGGCUUGAUGAUGCGAUUGUUCCAUUUAGAAUUAUUGGGUUGUUCAAGUGA